AUGGCAUCUACUUUUUAUAAAGGACUCUUUGGGAUCUUGUACCGGGGUCAAAGUAAUGCAGCAUUCAAAUCUCUAUUUAAUUUCAAAAGAACAUUAUCAAUCCCACCUUCCAGAGAUGCCGAAAUAGAUGGAUUAUACUUUGAUAGUAAUAAAUCACAGAAGAUCUAUGAAAUUAGAACGUAUACUAUUCAUCCAAAAGAUUACAAGGAAUAUAUGAAAUUCACCGAAGACAAUUUUCAUCUUCGUUUUAAACAUUCUAAAUUGUUUGGAUUUUGGAGCACUGAAUUUAAUGCACUCAAUGAAAUAGUUCACAUAUGGGAAUAUGAUAAUCAUGAUCAUUGUGCUAAAGUUCGCCAGGACCUUUCAGCUGACACUGAAUGGCAGUCUAACUAUGUGAACAAAGUUGUACCGAUGUUGAUUAGUGAAACAAAUGCCACUACGAUGCUUCUACCUUGGAGUAUAAUAACUCUACCUUGUAGACCAGGAGUUUAUGAAUUGCAAAUAUUUAAUAUGAAUAGUCAUACUGAUAUAUGGGAUGGAAGACUUAAAGCUGCUAUGGAACUGAGUUCACUCAAGUUGAAGAGCUUUAAUUCAGUUCUCAUAGGUUGUUUCAUAUCUGUUUUUGACUCCCAAAAUACUGUGCAUGCUUUAUGGCAGCAUGAAAGCUUUGACAAAUUUCCAUUUGGUUGCUUGAAGUUGCUCAAUGAGACCAACCUAUCAGUUCUACAUGCUUUUUAUCGUGAAGUUCGAACCGGAUACAGCAAGUGCCUGUUGCCUCACAAAGCAUCACCUCUACAAUGA